GACCCAAUUUCGGAUGCAACAUGUUGUUGGGGUAGCCGUGGCUGCCAGGCAACUGGUCUAGGACUCAAACGCGCACCUCCUGUGGAGGAACGAGACGAGCAUUAAUUAGCUAAAAGUCGGUUACACACCGAUGGGAUUCUGAUGGCCCGUCCUGAUAGCUGCCGUAUCAAAUCCCCAUUAUCUAGGGCUAGUUGCUUCCAACGAAUUCAGUUGCCAGCUUACCGUCCCCCGAAGCAGUUGAUGAAAUGAGCAUCUGCUUGCUGCUGAAAACCUUCCAUAGCUAUGGCCUGUGCAGUGGCCUGCUCCCGGCUCCACUGCGACUGGACCGGGCCCGGGACCGCAUUCACUUCGGUAACCGAUCGCAUCAACGUCGCUGCUACCUCGCAUACACGGCCUGUCUGAAUGUGCUGCUCAUUGUACUGCUGCCAUUCACUUUUCCGGUUUUUAUGUACGAUGAGAGCUACAUGAGUGAUAGGCUGGUGCUGCAGUGGGCGUUCAACCUGACGAACGUUACCCGUAUAAUGGCGAUGCUUGCCUGCGGUUAUCUGACGUGGACCAAGAGGAAACCGCUGCUGCAGUUGGGCGAGAGCUUGGCGAGGCACUGCCACAGAUGUUGGCUGCUGGAAAGCGGCGCCUUGCAUUCGUCGGGCUACAUAAAGCUACAGAGAAGGAUUCGCAGCCUGCUGCGUCAGUGGUUCUUUGUUCUGAAUCUCAGCAUAGUGUCCGCCGUGCUUCUUCUGAUGCGGAUCGAUACGGAUGUGCAGUUCAGCAAUCUCACAAUGGUAGUCGUCCACAUGAUGCAGUUCGUCUAUGUGGCUAUCAUGAUGACCGGCCUGUAUGUCAUCUGUCUGCUCCUCUACUGGCAGAUGGAGCGCGUGAAUCUUGCCCUGAAGGAUCUCUGCUCGCGACUGCACCACGAGGAGCGCAACGCACUGCUGCUGUCGGCAUCGCUGGCCAGACAAACGCUCCACACCGUGGGCCAUCUCUUUCAGCUGCAUUGCGAGGGCCAGCGAUUGAUGCGGAGUCUCUUUGGCAUCUUUGAUGUUACCAUUGCCUUUCUGAUGCUCAAAAUGUUCGUGACGAAUGUGAACUUAAUGUAUCACGCUGUACAGUUUGGAAACGAUUCCAUAGCGACCAACAGCGUGACCAAGCUGUGGGGAGAGUUGGUGAUCGUCACCCACUACUGGAGUGCGGUGCUUCUGAUGAACAUGGCCGACGAUCUGACGCGGCGAAGUGGCCUCGAAAGAGGGGAAAUUCUGCGUCAAUUCAGCGAUCUGGAGCUGGUCAAAAGGGAUUUUCAAUUGGAGCUGGAACGCUUCUCGGAUCACUUGCGUUGCCAUUCCACCGCUUACAAAUGCUGCGGCCUUUUUGUGUUCAACAAGCAAACGAGCAUGAUUUAUUUCUUCUCGGUUCUGGUCAACGUUUUGGUGCUUUGCCAAUUUUAUUUAAAGAACAGCGUCUUGGAAAUUUCCUAACGCAACAAAAGCGCGGCAGGAAAUCAGCUGUUCACACCUCCUACACGCAAAAGCGAGAUGGCAUGCUGAUCGCAAUUGUGGCGAAAUUCAACGAUCAAAGUAAAAAGUUGUGCUCCUUCGUGCAUUUUUGUGCUUUUUAAUUGCUCAUCGCUGAGUGCCACAGUUAGUAAAUAUUAAAAGCCAUUAAUCAAAUUUGUUUUCCUGCGCAGCAACAAAAUGCCGUCGGCAAUAUUAAAUGCGGCAGCGGGCCGAAGGUUGGCAAAAAUCAUAAUAUAUUCAAUCUGCC